CUAGAAAUGUGUCCUUGAUUGCUUUUAACAGUAUGUGAAAUAGAGUACAAUUUCCAUAUAUUAAUCAGUUAGUGUGAGUUGAAACCCUAAAUAAUAAUUUUGUAUCUAUCGAACUUGGCAUUGAUUGAUUUUCAACUUCCUGGGGCAAUGUUUUACAUUUAAUGGUGACAUUUUGAACCAAAUUAGUAGUUAGAUGUUGAAACUUCAACAAUAUAUUUUGAUUUAAAAUAGUUUGUGGUUGUGUUUUCUGAUGUAGCACCAGUAGGAAGAAGAAGAUUGAAGAAGGAGAGAAGAAUAAACAGGGGAUUACAAUCUGUUAUCAAAUUUCUCAAUGAAUCAAAAUACAAAUCAUAUAGUCUACUAAAUCCAUCACAUGAAGUCCAUAUGUAUAGACAAAUCAAACUAAUCCUGAACAAACUUGACUUCCCAAGUAAAUAAAACUCCUAGAUAAAUAAAAUUCCGAAAUAAAUAAAAAUCUUAAUCUUUAUCCUCAUCUGACUUAUCUGUUCCGCAUUGGAUUCUUCUUGAUGGUAGAAGUUGAAAGAAAAUGAUGUUAUUUGUUAUGAAUUUUGUCUAUUCAAAGACUCACUGUGGUAAACCUUGUAUGCUUUUACAUUUUCUUUUUCCUUUUUUUCCUGGUUUCACUUUUUUUGUUGGAUGUUAAAUACUUUUUGGCUUUCAUGUUCUUUUUCAAUCUUUUUGUUUUUUUGGAAAAGGACUUCAGGUGGUAGAUACUUAAAAUAUGAUAGGAAUUUGUUGCACUUUAUUCUUCUUUUAAUGAUCCUAAAUUAUUUCACUUCAUUCUUUGUUGAAAUUAUAUAUUCAAUUGUUUCUUCUAUUGAACCUGUUUACAAAAGAUAUGAUGCGGAGUAUACCAAAACUGAUACAGAACAUGUUACAGUCUCUAUCAUCUCACUGAUUUGUGUAACUUGUCCACCACAGGGUUAUUGUAAUUUCCUCCCCGAAGAAAAGUUGCUGCAAGCAGUAAAAGUUGGUCAGGUUGUUUAUCUAAGUGGGACUGCAAGUUAUCUACUAGGAAUGAGUGGACGUAUUGCAGCUCAAGCAGAUGAAGCAAGCAACCCAAUCAAUGUGAAGAAUCUAUCUUUGGGUUGGAUGAUUGGUUUUCUCUUUCUUGUCAGCUUUGUUGGUCUCUUUUCAAUUGUCCCCCUUAGAAAGAUGAUGAUACUCAAGUACAAGUUAACAUACCCUAGUGGAACUGCAACUGCCUACCUCAUCAACAGCUUUCACACUCCUAAAGGAGCCAAACUAGCCAAGUAA